CGAUGAUUUUGUGCUGUGUGCAAGGUGUUACGUCAUUACUUCGAGUGGGAGUUGAGGCUCACGAGACGGUGUGUUCUCAGUUUAUUCAUGUGCUUAUGUUUUUCGAUAUUUGUUUAACUUUAAUUUUGGCAGGGAUAUCUACACUUUGCUUAGUUAGCGAUUGAAUUUAAAAUAGAAUUCUGAAAUAUCACUGUUGGUGGAGAAAAUGAGUGUUGAGGCGUACGGGCCGAGCUCGCAGACUCUCACGUUCCUGGACACUGAGGAAGCGGAGUUGCUUGGAGCAGAUACCCAGGGUUCGGAGUAUGAGUUCACGGAUUUUACCCUGCCGAGCCAGACUCAAACAGGCCAAACGCAGAGUCAGUUGGAAAAUCAGGUGAAUGGGCCUGAUGGAGUUCUGCAGAAUGGGGAUGACCCUGUUGUGAAAGCAAGUCAACUUCUUGCAGAGUUGAACUUUGAAGAAGACGAGGAAGACAGCUAUUAUACUAAAGACCUCCCAGUCCAUGCAUGCAGUUACUGUGGCAUUCAUGAUCCUGCGUGCGUGGUGUAUUGCAACACCAGCAAGAAGUGGUUUUGCAAUGGACGUGGCAAUACAUCUGGCAGCCACAUUGUGAACCACCUGGUCAGAGCCAAGUCCAAGGAGGUGACUCUGCACAAGGAUGGUCCUUUGGGGGAGACUGUGCUGGAGUGCUACAACUGUGGCUGUCGCAACGUCUUCCUCCUGGGGUUCAUCCCUGCCAAGGCAGACUCUGUGGUGGUACUGCUUUGCAGGCAGCCAUGUGCCAGUCAGAGCAGUCUGAAAGACAUCAACUGGGACAGCUCCCAGUGGCAGCCGCUGAUCCAGGACCGCUGCUUCCUGUCCUGGCUGGUUAAGAUCCCCUCUGAGCAGGAGCAGCUCCGGGCCCGCCAGAUCACUGCGCAGCAGAUAAACAAGCUUGAGGAGCUCUGGAAGGAAAACCCCACAGCCACUCUGGAGGACCUGGAGAAGCCCGGCGUGGACGAGGAGCCUCAGCACGUGUUGCUGCGCUACGAGGAUGCCUACCAGUACCAGAACAUCUUUGGCCCCCUGGUCAAACUGGAGGCUGACUACGAUAAGAAACUCAAAGAGUCCCAGACCCAAGACAAUAUUACUGUCAGGUGGGACUUGGGACUCAAUAAAAAGCGGAUUGCUUAUUUCAGCCUUCCCAAGACGGACUCAGGUGACAUGCGCCUGAUGCAAGGAGAUGAGAUUUGCCUGAGGUACAAGGGAGACCUUGCCCCACUCUGGAAAGGCAUUGGACAUGUCAUCAAAGUCCCAGACAACUAUGGCGAUGAGAUAGCCAUUGAGCUGAGGAGCAGUGCUGGGGCUCCCGUGGAAGUACCACACAACUUCCAGGUUGACUUUGUGUGGAAGUCCACCUCCUUUGACCGGAUGCAGAGUGCCCUGAAGACCUUUGCCGUGGACGAGACGUCUGUGUCCGGGUACAUCUACCAUAAGCUGCUGGGUCACGAGGUGGAGGAUGUGGUCAUCAAGUGUCAGCUGCCCAAACGCUUCACCGCCCAGGGCCUGCCUGACCUCAACCACUCACAGGUAUAUGCUGUGAAGACUGUGCUGCAGCGUCCUCUCAGUCUCAUCCAGGGGCCCCCUGGCACAGGGAAAACGGUCACCUCUGCCACUGUAGUGUACCACCUGGCCAGACAGGGCAACGGGCCUGUGCUGGUGUGUGCUCCCAGUAACAUUGCGGUGGACCAGCUGACUGAGAAGAUCCAUAUGUCAGGUCUGAAGGUGGUGAGGCUGUCUGCCAAGAGCAGAGAGGCCAUCGACUCCCCUGUGUCCUUCCUGGCUCUGCACAACCAGAUCCGCAACAUGGACAGUAUACCAGAGCUUCAGAAGCUCCAGCAGCUGAAGGACGAGACUGGGGAGCUGUCCUCGUCGGAUGAGAAGCGCUACAGGGCCCUGAAGCGCACCGCCGAGAGGGAACUACUUAUGAAUGCUGAUGUGAUCUGCUGUACCUGUGUGGGGGCAGGAGACCCUCGCCUGGCCAAGAUGCAGUUCCGCUCCAUCCUCAUUGAUGAGAGCACCCAGGCCACUGAGCCAGAGUGUAUGGUGCCUGUCAUACUGGGGGCCAAGCAGCUGAUCCUGGUGGGAGACCACUGCCAGCUGGGUCCAGUAGUGAUGUGUAAGAAGGCCGCCAAGGCGGGCCUGUCCCAGUCCCUGUUUGAGCGUCUGGUGGUGCUGGGCAUCAGGCCCAUCCGUCUGCAGGUGCAGUACCGUAUGCACCCGGCCCUCAGCGCUUUCCCCUCCAACAUCUUCUACGAGGGCUCCCUGCAGAACGGAGUCACCGCAGCUGACCGCAUCAAGAAAGGCUUUGACUUCCAGUGGCCACAACCAGACAAGCCCAUGUUCUUCUAUGUGACCCUGGGCCAGGAAGAAAUUGCAAGCUCUGGAACCUCCUAUCUUAACAGAACUGAGGCUUCCAACGUGGAGAAGAUCACCACCAGGCUGCUCAAGGCCGGGGCCAAGCCUGACCAGAUAGGCAUCAUCACCCCCUACGAGGGCCAGAGGUCCUACCUGGUGCAGUACAUGCAGUUUAGCGGCUCCCUCCACACCAAGCUCUACCAGGAGGUGGAGAUAGCCAGCGUUGAUGCGUUCCAGGGCAGAGAAAAGGACUUCAUCAUCCUGUCCUGUGUCAGAGCCAACGAGCACCAGGGCAUUGGCUUCCUCAACGACCCACGCCGUCUCAACGUGGCUCUCACCAGGGCCAGGUAUGGGGUUAUCAUCGUGGGCAACCCCAAGGCCCUGUCCAAGCAGCCUCUGUGGAACCACCUGCUCAACUACUACAAGGAGCAGAAGGUUCUGGUGGAGGGACCCCUCAACAACCUGAGGGAGAGCCUCAUGCAGUUCAGCAAGCCCCGCAAGCUGGUCAACGCCGUCAACCCUGGGGGACGUUUCAUGAGCACAGCCAUGUAUGAUGCAAGGGAGGCUCUUAUUCCUGGAUCUGUGUAUGACCGCAGCAGCACUGGACGUUCAUCCAACAUGUACUUCCAGACCCACGACCAGAUCGGCAUGAUUGGCCCGGGCCCCAUGGCCUCCAUGAACAUCCCCUUCAACCUGGUCAUGCCCCCCAUGCCGCCGCCAGGCUACCUGGGCCAGGUCCACUGCCCCCCAGCAGGCCGUGGUGGAGGUAUGAAGGGUAAGGCGGGCGGCGGAGGGGCGCGAGGUGGGCGCCAGAGGAGCCGUGGCAUGGGGAACCACGGCGGAGGCAGCGGGCAGCACGGCCUCAUGAGUGGCAGCCAGGCCAGCCAGGACCUGGGCUCCCAGCCCUUCUCCCAGGGACCCCUCACCCAGGGCUACAUCACCAUGAGCCAGCCCUCCCAGAUGAGCCAGCCUGGCCUCUCCCAGCCUGAACUCUCUCAGGACAGCUACCUUGGCGAUGAGUUCAAGUCCCAGAUUGACGUGGCCCUCUCCCAAGACUCCACCUACCAAGGGGAAAGAGCCUAUCAACAUGGUGUGACUGGACUGUCCCAGUACUAGAGUGUUGUGGGAAAAGGAGCUAGGCCUGUGCUGAGCUUAGUUCGUCGCCAUUUUAAUCUGGGUAAUAUCAAAAAAAGAACAUAUGGAUACCCGUUUUCCACUGCUACAACUGAAGCACCACUGUGUGAAAGCAACAGGAGAGAGACAGAGAGAAACCAACCAAUCACAAGAGUGAAAGCAAAAUGGGGGUAGAGCUGGACAGGACAAGAGCGAGGAGGGAGAGAGAAGGCGCUGCUCGCACACAGAGAAAAGGAGAAGCAGCAUACGUUGGGGUAGCAGCGUCGGAGCGACGAGCCCUUUGAUGAGUCGAGGGGUGAAAGGUCAUGGAUCCUCAAUGGGGUCACAGGAGUCACAUCCCUGCCACCUCUUCUCCCCCAGGGACCACGAGUUAGUUGGCUGAGGACAUUGUUCUCGGAGCAGAGAGACUGAGAAGAGUUCUCACACAACCCUCCAACCUCACUCUACAAAACCGUCUCCUGACAGCUAGAGAGGGGAAAAAGGGGACGAAACUCUUGAAGCAGUCAGUCGAUUUGGGAAAAUUUCUAACCUCAAAGUUGAUCCGUGCUCAUGCUCUGCAUUUGAACAUGUUUGAGCGAGAGGAGAGAGGUUUUGGGCAGACCAAGAAUGGUAUUGUUGAACGUCUCAAACGGAAUCAAAUGGUGCAGGAGUCGGAAGAAUACUGACCAUUCAUCUUUUUCAACUUUGAGUUGGAAAGUUUUCUACAUGAGGUCUGUUGUUGCAGAGGUUUUGAAAGCUGGUGAAUUUCACUGGCUUUCCGCUCUGGUCUUUCUGAAGGAUAAGUGGUGGAAUGGCUCUUGAAACAAUUAAAGGAAACAUUAUUGUCUCGAGAUCUGAAGUGGUGGACUUGAAAGAUCUGUAGUUUGCGAGACAGGUUUUAGUUUUUUUCUGAGGUAUCUGUAGUACAAAAAGACGAGUAAAAAGAAUACCAUAACCAACUUAUUGUAAUCGAAAAAGCAGUCAUUACUUGCUCUUUAAAAUGACCUCCAAAUUAUUACUUUAAAAUGAGUCACAGCUUCACAGACAUCAAAUGCCACAAAGAAAGCACUUGUAGAAUGCACAUAUCAUUUGCAUGGCUAAUUCAUUAAUCAACAUUAAUCAGGGAGGUUAUCCCUAGAGACCCAAGUUUAAACAUGAAAUUAUGUAUUAAAUCAUGUUUUACUUUGUUGGUCAACUACUCUUAAGAGGUGUUGCAUGGGAACAAGAAUUUAUGUUCAGAGAGGUUAUAGUAAUGAAGUGUGUGAAUACUACUGGGAUAAGACUCAGCAGUAUUCACAAGUGGAAGUCUGGACCUGACUACUGAGGAAGGUUAGAAGCCUCUGGCAACUGCUAAAUGUAGGUAUUCAGUACUGGCUGUCAUUGGCCCAUGUGAAAAUGAUAACUGAAUGAAGGUUAUGAACUCACUUAAAUAUAUAUAUAUAUACACUGCUCAAAAAAAUAAUGGGAACACUUAAACAACACAAUGUAACUCCAAGUCAAUCACACUUCUGUGAAAUCAAACUGUCCACUUAGGAAGCAACACUGAUUGACAAUAAAUUUCACAUGCUGUUGUGCAAAUGGAAUAGACAACAGGUGGAAAUUAUAGGAAAUUAGCAAGACACCCCCAAAAAAGGAGUGAUUCUGCAGGUGGUGACCACAGACCACUUCUCAGUUCCUAUGCUUCCUGGCUGAUGUUUUGGUCACUUUUGAAUGCUGGCGGUGCUCUCACUCUAGUGGUAGCAUGAGACGGGGUCUACAACGCACACAAGUGGCUCAGGUAGUGCAGUUCACCCAGGAUGGCACAUCAAUGUGAGCUGUGGCAAAAAGGUUUGCUGUGUCUGUCAGCGUAGUGGCCUGCUGGAGGUCAUUUUGCAGGGCGCCGGCAGUUCACCUCCUUGCACAAAGGCGGAGGUAGCGGUCCUGCUGCUGGGUUGUUGCCCUCCUACGGUCUCCUGAUGUACUGGCCUGUCUCCUGGUAGCGCCUCCAUGCUCUGGACACUACGCUGACAGACACAGCAAACCUUUUUGCCACAGCUCGCAUUGAUGUGCCAUCCUGGAUGAACUGCACUACCUGAGCCACUUGUGUGGGUUGUAGACUCCGUCUCAUGCUACCACUAGAGUGAGAGCACCGCCAGCAUUCAAAAGUGACCAAAACAUCAGCCAGGAAGCAUAGGAACUGAGAAGUGGUCUGUGGUCACCACCUGCAGAAUCACUCCUUUUUAGGGGGUGUCUUGCUAAUUGCCUUUAAUUUCCAUCUGUUGUCUAUUCCAUUUGCACAACAGCAUGUGAAAUUUAUUGUCAAAUCAGUGUUGCAUCCUAAGUGGACAGUUUGAUUUCACAGAAGUGUGAUUGACUUGGAGUUACAUUGUGUUGUUUAAGUGUUCCCUUUAUUUUUUUGAGCAGUGUAUAUAAUUUCUGGCCAUACCUUGCUGAGUUUCUUGACCGAAGGAAGGCAUAUCUGUCAGUAUGUGGCAGAGGAUGAGAAUAAAUAUUUGUAUAUUGGUGUUGUAGACACAGGUCAUUUUACAUUUAGUGCCCAUGAAAGUUUAUGGUGUAGAUUUAUGUAGCCCCCACCACAGAUCUAGUCUCAAACCUGACCCUAGGCAAACCAGUGGGUGCGUUCCUUUGCUGAUGCAGGCCAGAUCGUACAACGUCUGGAUAGAUAUUUUACAUAUCAACUAUCCAAAUUAUAUAUAGCAAUCUGGUCCCCAACGACACAGUCGAGGACAUGCCAUGCAACCAAUGGUUGAUGCUUGCAAUGUCUGAGCAGGGGAACGCGACCAGUGACUAGGGUCUGGUUUCAAUGCUUGUGUUCCCCUGGUCAGACAUUGCACGUAUCAAUCAGUGGUUGCGUGCCCUGUCAUCGACUCUGUCUAUUGACUGACAGAUUGCUAUAACAUAUGACGUGGUUAGCUGAUACUUAAAAUGUCUGCACCGCCUGGGCACAGGAACGCCCCCAAUGAUGGACUCUUUUGGCGUAGAGGAACUGUCACUACCUACACUAUAUUUCCAGCAGUAUGUGGACACCGAUUCAAAUGAGUGGAUUCGGCUAUUUCAGCCCCAUCUGUUACUGAUGGGUAUAUAAAAUCGAGUACACAGCCAUGCAAUCUCCAUAGACAAACAUUGGCAAUAGAAUGACCUUACUGAAAUGCUAAGUGACUUUCAAUGUGGCACUGUCAUAGGAUGCCACCUUUCCAACAAGUCAGUUUGUCAAAUGUCGGCCCUGCUAGAGCUUCCCCAGUCAACUUUAAAUGCUGUUAUUGUGAAGUGGAAACGUCUAGGAGCAACAACGGCUCAGCCGCAAAGUGGUAGGCCACACAAGCUCAUAGAACGGGAACGCUGAGUGCUGAAGGGCAGAGCUUGUAAAAUUAGUCUGUCCUCGGUUGCAACACACAGUUCCAAACUGCCUCUGGAAGCAACAUCAGCUCAAGAACUGUUCAUCGGGAGCUUAAUGAAAUGGGUUUCCAUGGCCAAGCAUCCGCUCACAAGCCUAAGAUCACCAUGCGCAAUACUAAGCGUUGGCUGGAGUGGCGUAAAGCUCGCAGUCAUUGGACUCAGGAGUAGUGGAAAUGCGUUCUCUGGAGAGAUGAAUCACGCUUCACCAUCUGGCAGUCCGACGGAAGAAUCUGGGUUUGGCGAAUGCCAGGAGAAAGCUACCUGCCCCAAUGCAUAGUGCCAACUGUAAAGUUUGGUGGAGGAGGAAUAAUGGUUGGGCUGUUUUUCAUGGUUUCGACUAGGUCCCUUAGUUCCAGUGAAAGGAAAUCUAAAUGUUAAGGCAUACAAUGACAUUGAUGAUUUUGGACUUCCAACUUCGUGGCAACAGCAUGACAAUUCCCCUGUGCACAAAGCGAGGUUCUUUCAGAAAUAGUUUGUCGAUCAGUGUGGAAGAACUUUACUGGCCUGCACAGAGGCCUGACCUCAACCCCAUCGAACGCCUUUUGGAUGAAUUGGAACGCCAACUGCGAGCCAGGCCUAAACGCCCAACAUCAGUGCCGGACGUCACUAAUGCUCUUGUGGCUGAAUGGAAGCAAGUCCCCGCAGUAAUGUUCCAAGGAAACCUUUCCAGAAGAGAGUAGGCUGUUAUAGCAGCAAAGGGGGGACCAACUCCAUAUUAAUGGCCAUGAUUUUGGAAUGAUGAGCAGGUGUCCACGUACUUUUGGUAAUGUACUGUAAGGGGAAACAAAUAUUUUCCGGGGACUCUCCCAACAAACAAUGAGGCAGACAUGCCAGAACGUUGCGAUUCUAAACCAAAGUUUGGAGACAAAACUUUUGCAAUGGUUUUAUUGGAGGUAGUUUAUGCAAACUAGCCACUUGCUAAUUGCACUCAUUAAAAAUAACUUCUGUGAUCUCUAGCUACUAUUUGUAUUUUAUUUUGAGCGGAUAAAGUUGUGAUGUAGUUCCAUUAUGCAACGAGUCCAUACUUUAAACCAGACCCUAGUCACUGUGUUGUCUAGGGUCGGGUUUUCAAGCCUAACACAUCCCCCCUUUGGGGGGGAAAAAAUGUAUUUGGUAGAUUGCGAGAACCCUUUUAUCCAGUUGAAGUUGAAAUUUUACUUUCCCCUUUUGAAUGUCCUUUAGUUUUGAUAAAACUACCAAUACAUACAUCUUCAAACAUGUAGACCUACCCUGUCACAUGGAGAAUUGUUAUUGAUGCACAGUGCCUUCAGAAAGUAUUCAUACCUCUUAUUCUAUUUUGUUGUAUUUAUUAAGGAUCCCCAUCAGUUCCUGCCAAGGCAGAGGCUACUCUUCCCGGGGUCCAGAAACAUUAAGGCAGUAAUAUACCAUUUAAAAUAUUACGUAACAUUUCAUUUCAUAACACUUUUCACAACACAUUAAGUGUGUGUGCCCUCAGGCCACUACUCUACUACCAUAUCUACAAUACAACAUCCAUGUGUACAGUCCCCACUGUUCCAUAAGGUGUAUUUUUCUGUUUUUUAAACCUGAUUCUACUGCUUGCAUCAGUUACCUGAUGUGGAAUAGAGUUCCAUGUAGUCAUGGCUCCAUGUAGUACUGUGUAGUCUGUUCUGGAUUUUGGCAUUGUGAAGAGACCUCUGGUGGCAUGUCUUGUGGGAUAUGCAUGGGUGUGCAUUCAGCAUGUCAAUACUUUUUACAAAAACAAGUAGUGAUGAAGUCAAUCUUUCCUACUUUGAGCCAUGAGAGAUUGACAUGCAUAUUAUUGUUAGCUCUCUGUGUACAUUUAAGGGCCACCGAUGCUGCACUGUUCUGAGCCAAUUGUAAAUCCUUCUUUGUGGCACCUGACCACACGACUUGGCAGUAGUCCAGGUGAGACACAACUAGGGUCUGUAGGACCUGCCUUGUCGAUAGUUAAGCAAACAGACCUCUACCCAUCUUAGGUACCGUUGCAUCAACAUGUUUUGACCAUGACAGUUUACAAUCCAGGGUUACUCCAAGCAGUUUAGUCUCCUCAACUUGCUAAAAUUCCACAUUAUUCAUUACAAGAUUUAGUUGAUGUUUAGUGUCCCAAAUACAAUGUUUUUAGUUUUAGAAAUAUUUAGGACUAACUUGAAUUGUACAUUACUUUUAAAAUUCUCAAGCUCUGUCAAGUUGGUUGUUGAUCAUUGAUAGACAGCCAUUUUCAAGUCUUGUCAUAGAUUUUCAAGCUGAUUUAAAGUCAAAGCUCCUGAACAUUCAAUGUCAUCUUGGUAAGCAAACCCCAGUGUAUAUUUAGCCUUGUAUUUUAGGUUAUUGUCCUGCUGAAAGGUGAAUUAGUCUCCCAGUGUCUGUUGGAAAGAAGACUGAACCAGGUUUUCCUCUUUGAUUUUGCAUGUUCUUAACUCUAUUGUAAAUUUUUAUCCCCCAAAAAACUUCCCUAAUCUUUACUGAUGACAUAAUGCAGCCACCACCAUGCUUGAAAAUAUGGAGAGUGGUACUCAGUAAUGUGUUGUAUUGGAUUUGCCCCAAACACAGCGCUUUGUAUUCGGGACAAAGUUCAUUUCUUUACCACAUUUUUUUGCAGUUUUACUUUAGUGCCUUAUUGCAAACAGGAUGCAUGUUUUGUGAUAUUUGUAAUUCUGUACAUGUUUCAUUUUUUUUCACUCUGUCAUUUAGGUUAGUAUUGUGUGCAACUACAAUGUUGAACUGAGGAUUUAUUUCUCCUAUCACAGCCAUUAAACUCUAACUGUUUUAAAGUCACCAUUGGUCUCACGGUGAAAUCCCUGAAUGGUUUCCUUCCUCUCCGGCAUCUGAGUUAGGAAGGACGCCUGCAUCUUUGUAGUGACUGGGUGUAUUGAUACACCAUCCAAAGUGUGUAAUUAUUAACCUCACCAUGCUCAAAGGGAUAUUUAAUUUCUGCUUAUUUAAUUUUUUUGACCCAUCUACCAAUAGGUGCCCUGCUUUGCGAGGCAUUGGAAAACCUCCCCUGGUCUUUAUGGUUGAAUCUGCGCUUGAAAUUCACUGCUCGACUGAAAGCCCUUACAAUGAUCUGUAUGUGUGGGAUACAGAGAUGAUAAACACUAUUAUUGCACAGUGAUUUUUACUCCUGAAUUUAUUUAGUCUUGCCAUAAAGGGGUUGAAUACUUAUUUACUAAAGACAUUUCAGCUUUUCAUUUUUUAUUAUUUUGUAUAAAAAAUUAAAAUAAAUCCACUUUGACAUUAUGGAUAAUUGUAUGUAGGCCAGUGACACAAUCUCAAUUUUAAUAUAUUUACAAUUCAGGCUCUAACACAACAGAAUGUGGAAAAAGGCAAGCGGUGUGAUUACUUUCUGAAGGCACUGUAAUUUGUAUCAUUGAUGGUAAUUUCUCACGUGUAAAAGUAGUAUUUUGUGUUAAUCCUGCCGUGUUGAGUUUUAGGUCUGAAAUAUUUCACUCUGUAAUUCUGAAUUGUAUGUAACCAUCACUCGAUUCAUUACGGUACCCUCCAUUCCAUGUGUGAUAGUGUCAUCUGACAAUCAUUUUUAUGUAAUUUUGAGUCAUGUUAGGGUAUGAUUUUCAGAAGUCAUUGUCAUAUGCUAAUGUAGUUCAACAUUUUCUGUUAUGAACACCUGUGGAAAGACAUUUUAAGAUGCUACCCAUUCUGACUAAAUGUGUUUGUACCUACCAAAAAGAUCUGCAGAUAUCCAUAUCUUCUAGACAUUUACCACAUCCCUCCAGAUAAAUUAUGAAAAUGUGUUAUUUCCGACAGCGUUCCCUAUCUGACAACCUGUGCAUGUGCUGCUCGAUAGUACACCUCAAUUAUCAGGUUUCAUCACUAAACAUGCAUGUAUCUUUAUGAAAUUAGCCUAUUGUUUCAAAAGGGGAACUACUGAAGAUAAAAUAAACUGCUGCUGCAAAACAACUAAAUGGUUAGGGUAUGAAAUGAGUUCAAGUAGAUUAAAUAUUGGUCCACUACAAAUGGUAACUGAUCUUUGUUCAUCUUCAAAUAUAGUUCAAACAUAACACAACUCUUGAGUGUCUCAUGGGGUACAGGGAUUUUGGAAUGCCAAGAACCUUCAAUUACGACACAAAAUAGUCUAGAUUUGUCCUCUUUCUCCCCGUUAGCUGGUGUCAUCCUAGUAUUAUUUAUUUUCAUUAUUUGUUUCUGCUGGGGUUUUACUUUGGAGUGAAGUGAUGUUUCUUCUUGGAAAUUGCUUGAUUAUGAUUAUUUGGUCAUCUGUUAUACUCUCACUGAAAUGUCAUCCUUGUAACAUCUUUGAAAAAAAUAAAGGUUCCUUUUCACUCA